GUCAGUAGAAAAGUGCGCCAAAAGAGCCGCUUCGUUCAUUGUUUUCACUUGCGUGUCGCUGAACGGACGCAACUUUUGUGCUGGUUUUACAACUGUUUAACUGUGUAGUGUUAUUUAUCUUGUACUUUACUUUGUGUCCAAUCGGCUGCCUUCAGGAUGGUUCUGAAACCGAACAAGAUGUAUGUCUUCAAGCGAGAUGGCCGUAAGGAGGAAGUGCAUCUGGAUAAAAUCACUUCGAGAAUUCAGAAGCUUUGCUAUGGGCUGAACAUGGAUUUCGUUGAUCCGGUUGCCAUAACACUGAGGGUCAUCAACGGGCUCUACUCAGGUGUAACGACACAGGAACUCGACAAUUUGGCUGCCGAAACAGCUGCAACCCUGACGACUGAUCAUGCCGAUUAUGCGAUCCUGGCGGCUCGGCUAGCCGUUUCCAACCUGCAUAAAGAAACAAAGAAGCAAUUCUCUGAGGUUAUGCACGAUCUGUACAUGAUGGAGAACGAGUUCCUGAAAACGAAAUCGCCCAUGAUUUCGGACUUUCACUACAAGGUGAUUAUGGAUAAUGCGGACCGGCUGAACUCGGCCAUCAUUUACGAUCGUGAUUUCGGGUACAACUAUUUCGGCUUCAAAACACUGGAACGUUCCUAUUUGCUGAAGAUCAAGGGUAAGAUUGUGGAGCGACCGCAACACAUGCUGAUGCGCGUUGCCAUCGGUAUUCACGGUGAAGACAUUGAUGCUGCCAUCGAGACGUACAAUCUGCUUUCCGAGCGCUACUUUACCCAUGCCUCACCGACCAUGUUUGCGGCCGCUACGCAGCGUCCGCAGCUUUCGUCUUGCUUUCUGCUUACCAUGUCGGACGACAGUAUUGAGGGUAUUUACGAUACGCUGAAGCAGUGUGCACUGAUUUCCAAAUCGGCUGGCGGUAUCGGGCUGAACGUGCACUGCAUUCGCGCCAAAGGAACGUACAUCUCCGGCACGAAUGGGAUUUCGAACGGGUUGGUGCCGAUGCUGCGCGUUUACAACAACACGGCCCGGUACGUGGAUCAGGGUGGCAACAAGCGGCCCGGCGCCUUUGCCAUCUACCUCGAACCGUGGCACGGGGAUAUAUUCGAGUUUCUGGAUCUGAAGAAAAACACCGGCAAGGAGGAGGUGCGUGCCCGCGACAUGUUCUACGCCCUGUGGAUCCCGGAUCUGUUCAUGCAGCGUGUGGAGGCGAACGAAAUGUGGAGCCUGAUGUGCCCACACGACUGCCCCGGAUUGGCUGACACUUGGGGCGAAGAGUUCGAGAAGCUGUACACUGGGUACGAGCAGGAGGGUCGAUUUAUACGCCAGGUGAAGGCACAGGACCUGUGGUUUGCCAUCAUCGAAUCGCAGGUGGAAACAGGCGUUCCCUACAUGUUGUACAAGGAUGCGUGCAACCGCAAGAGCAAUCAGCAGAACAUCGGCACCAUAAAGUGUUCCAAUCUGUGUACCGAGAUAGUGGAGUACUCGUCGAAGGAUGAAAUAGCGGUGUGCAAUUUGGCCUCGAUCGCGCUGAACAUGUUUGUGAAACCGGACAAAACGUACGACUUUGCCAAGCUGAAGGAUGUCGCGAAGAUUGUGACGCGCAAUCUGAACAAAAUUAUCGAUAUAAACUACUAUCCAGUACCGGAGGCGAAGCGCUCCAACAUGCGCCACAGGCCGAUCGGUAUCGGUGUUCAGGGCAUGGCCGAUGCGUUCAUUUUGAUGCGCUAUCCGUACGAAAGCGAGGAGGCUCAAAAGCUGAACCAACAAAUUUUUGAAACAAUCUACUACGGAGCAUUGGAAGCGAGCUGUGAGUUGGCUGCCCGCGACGGACCGUACGAAACGUACGAAGGAAGUCCGGUAAGCAAAGGCAUCCUGCAGUACGAAAUGUGGAAGAAGGAACCGUCGGAUCUUUGGAAUUGGGCCGAGUUGAAGGAAAAAAUUGCAAAGCACGGCAUCCGCAAUUCGCUGCUGUUGGCACCGAUGCCUACCGCUUCGACGGCACAAAUCUUGGGUAACAACGAGUCCUUCGAACCGUACACGUCCAACGUUUACAAUCGGCGUGUACUUUCCGGCGAGUUUCAGGUGGUGAACCACCAUCUGCUGCAAGAUCUGACAGCGAUGGGUCUGUGGGAUCUAGACAUGAAGAACCAAAUUCUGUCCAACAACGGAUCGAUUCAAAGCAUCGAAUCGAUACCGAAGGAAAUACGCGAUCUGUACAAAACGGUGUGGGAGAUUUCGGUUAAAACGUGCAUUAAGAUGGCUGCAGACCGGGGUGCGUUUAUCGAUCAGUCGCAAUCGUUCAACAUACACGUGGCCGAACCGAACUAUGGCAAGCUGACAUCGAUCCACUUUUACGGCUGGAAAAUGGGACUGAAAACGGGCAUGUACUAUCUACGAACAAAACCGGCCGUAAAUGCGAUCCAGUUUACGGUGGACAAAACGAAGCUGCAAAACGCCAACGAGACCAACGUCAGUCGCAUGUCGAACGGGGUUGGAGGUACGCCGCCACGGAAUGGGCAGACGCGAUAUUCUAUGCUGAACGGAAGUACCAGCACACCUACGCGUAAUGAGCACAGUUUGCUUGAGCAGCAGCUACAGCAGCAGCAGUCCCAGCAGCAGCAGCAGCAGCAGCAGGAACAAUCACAAAUGAACGGCUCAUUUGCGGAAAGAAAUCGACGUAUGGCUGAGAUGGUAUGCUCGCUGGAAAACAAAGAUGAGUGCAUGAUGUGCGGAUCGUAGAGCGAUCGCGGAACUUUUCUCAUUCAUUUUACAUUUUCACUACAUCUAUUCAGUUAGCUAAAGUUUAUUUAGAAGGUUUUGAAUAAAACAUCGAUCAAUCGUUUAUAUAUAUAUUUCUGCAAAACA